GCUGACCCGAAGAAAAAAAUAAACAAAAUAUGGGCAAGCUUGACAAGGCUGUUGUUCUUAUUAUGCACGAUGUGAUGGAAUAAGCAGCUGCACAUUUUUUACAAAAACUCUAAAGUGUUCAGUGGGCUUUGAACGUAGCAGAAAUAGUGAUAUAAAUUAUUGUGAUGAGCUGGGCAUGCCAUUAUGGACACUGACCUGAGUCCCCAGGAUAAAAAAGACUUGGAUAAAUUCAUCAAGUUUUUUGCUUUAAAGACAGUACAGGUGAUUGUCCAAGCACGGCUUGGGGAGAAGAUAUGCACCCGCUCCUCCUCCUCUCCCACAGGGUCUGACUGGUUCAACCUGGCCAUUAAAGACAUCCCUGAGGUGACCCAUGAGGCCAAGAAGGCUUUGGCCGGCCAGCUGCCUGGCAUUGGUCGCUCCAUGUGCGUGGAGAUCUCCCUCAAGACCUCUGAGGGUGAUUCAAUGGAACUGGAGACAUGGUGUCUAGAAAUGAAUGAGAAGUGUGACAAGGACAUCAAGGUGUCCUACACUGUGUACAACCGCCUGUCUCUGCUGCUCAAGUCCCUGUUGGCCAUCACCAGGGUAACACCUGCCUACAAGCUGUCUAGGAAGCAAGGCCAUGACUACGUGAUCCUCUACAGGAUAUAUUUUGGGGAGGUUCAGCUAACAGGAUUGGGGGAAGGGUUCCAGACAGUGCGUGUGGGGAUUGUAGGAACGCCCAUCGGCACCAUCACCCUCUCGUGUGCCUACAGGACCAACUUGGCCUUUAUGUCCACCAGGUACACCACACAGCAGUUUGAGCGCUCCGCCCCCAUCAUGGGAAUCAUCAUUGACCACUUCGUAGAGCGCCCCUUCAGCAACAUGGGACACAUGCACCCAUGCAACUACAGAGCCCCAGGUGACGAGGAAGGAGGAGCGUACGCUGGAGUGGAGGACUCCCAGGAGGUCUGCACCACCUCCUUCUCCACCUCCCCUCCCUCACAGUGUGUGUUCACUGUCAGUCAGGCACAGUUUAAGACACCUAAACCGGCACUGAUGGACACUCUGAAGGUCCCCAUGCUGGGCGUGGCCCUCUCACACCAACUCUACAGUUCUCGGAUGUCCUAUCAGCCUCCAGGGCUUGGCGCUGACUACUGCCACCCCUCAGCCUCAAACGCUGCCAACCCCCACCAGGUGGCACUAUCUGGGAAGGAAGGCGGGCUCCCCCAGGUGCCGGUCCAGCCAUGCCACGGUGCCCAGGCUGACCACGUGCGCGUCUCCUCCUGCCCGCCUGCUGACCACGUCCCUGCCACGCCCUCCAGCAGUGGAGAGGAGACAGAGGGUCUGUCCAGGAGCCCAGAAGUAAAGAGUGCCUCCCCCUCUGACAUCAUAGAGACCACCUUCACAAGAAAGGUUGGAGCCUUUGUCAACAAGCCUGGCACGCAGGUAACCAUGGCCAGUCUGGAUCUGCCAUUUGCAGCAUUUGCUCCCAGGGCAUAUGACCUGGAGGAGAAUGACCCCAUGGUGCAGCCCCCAGACUCCCCCACCUCCUCCUCCCCACUCCAGGGCAGCCUCCACUCCCAGGGCUCAGGGGAAAGCACUGGACAGCCGCACGACGACUUUGUCAUGGUGGACUUUAAACCUGCAUUCUCCAAGGAUGACUUGCUGCCCAUGGACCUGGGGACGUUCUACAGAGAGUUCCAGAAUCCUCCUCAGCUGGCCAGCCUGUCCAUCGAAGUCAGCUCUCAGUCCAUGGCAGAAGACUUGGACUCCCUGCCUGAGAAGCUUGCUGUCUAUGAGAAGAACAUCGAUGAGUUUGAUGCGUUUGUGGACACACUGCAGUAGGACUGUCCCCACCUCCAGGCUGGCUGGGCCCCACCUGAGGGCGGCCCCUCUGUCUCAUUGUACCUUCUUACUACCUAUUCAGAUGGUUGUUUUCUGUCUUCAAACUUGCUUGGUGUGAGAGCAACCAAGAUCCAAUGACAUCGUCCUGUAGAGAACAUGAAGAUAAGCGGUUUUUGGUAUAACAGAUGUGUGUGAAUAGAACUGCAUCAAUUGCUCAUAUACAGAAUUUCUAUAGUGUAAAUACCAGAUUUUCACUUCCUAUCCUGCCCUAUCUCCUUCCUUCCCUGUCUCUGAGGUAUAGUAGAAUUGAAUGUGUUCAUCCAGGAGGUGUAAAUAGUGUCCUCCUAUACAGCGUGACUAAGAGCAAGCCUAGCUAUUUUCUUGUUCCACCUGGAGCGUCACUCCCCUUUUUAGCUGAAUAGACUGGGUGUGGAAGGAACACAGACACCCAUUGGUCCCACCCCCACUCCCUGCCUACAAGGGCAUGUACAAACACAUCUGAACCUGAGUGGCCCAACAACACCCGUCUCUUGGUUUUGAAUCAUAUUUUCUAAAGGAUGGUGGAAGGAUACAAUGUUCUGCUUGUUUUGUCCCAGAGCACAGUUUGGGACUAAUCACUGUGUAUCACUACUCUAAUUAUGUAUCGAGACCUGGCUCGCCCCCUCGAUCGCCUCAUGAAGUAAAAGGUGACCCCUGACAAGAAACCUGAUCUGCACUUUCGUCUCUCGUCCCAUAAAUCGGAUCCUCUAGGCAUUGUCAAUAAAGCAGCAUGGUCCUGUUGUGUAACAAAUACAUGUUUUAUUUCCAAAACUGUGCUACUUGUAUUUUCUAAACACCCAUAAAAGCACAGAGACUAUUACCGUCA